CGCGAGAGAGAGAGACAGCGCGAGAGAGAGCGUGAGAGAGAGAGAGAGCGCCACAGAGAGAGAGAGAUAGAGAAAGAGAGAGAGAGAGAGAUAGAGAAAGAGAGAGAGAUAGAG